UACUCCUGGGUAAACAUAACUUCCCUGAGUAUUCUGUUCCUGUAGUUUGAUAACAAAACACACACAACCAUAUAAAACACAUCUUGAAUCUGAAUACAAAUGGAUUUGUGUGUUUGUUAAACUGAACAUAACGAUGCACAAUCAAAUCGGAAAUUUAUGGAAUGGAUCUUAUGAAAACCUGUCUACACCAGAUGCUGACACCUUGCUGGUGAAAUUAAACAAUGAAGCGGCAAUGCUUUUCCUUCCAGUGACCAUAUUUCUUGCGUUUCUUGUGGUGAUUGGAAUAGUUGGAAAUGUAAUAGUGUGUCUUGUAUAUUGCAAAAGAAAGAGAAAAUCUACACCCGAUCUCUUCAUUUUGAAUUUGGCGAUUUUGGACCUUUUGACAUGCAUUUUCGGGAUACCUAUGGAGAUUACAGAUCUCUGUUUGUCUUACACAUUUUAUGCCCCUGCUGCUUGCAAACUUUUAAGGACCCUUGAAUCCACCACCAGCAUGGCGUCCGCAUUGACACUAGUCAUCAUCUCUAUCGACCGAUACAAACGUAUUUGCAAAUAUGGCGAGAGUUUCAGCAUCAAAAAAGUGAAAAUUCUUUGUGUUGUUGCAAUUUGCACUGGAUUUUUUCUAUCGUGGCCUUUAUUGAUAAUUGUUGGGAAAAAAACGGUUGACGUUGGAGUUUCUGGAAUAAAGGGAGUCGACUGCUCGGUGUCAGAUGAGAUGCGGAAGUCACGCAUUCCGCUUGUUUAUUACAUCGUAGUGUCACUUUGUUUUGUCGUUUGUCUUGUAUUCGUUAUUUUUGUAUAUGUAAGAAUCUCUAUUUUUGUAAAAAGAACAAAGGCUAACAGACUGAGAUAUGUAGGAUCAGGCGAUCUGAGCAAUUCCUCUACAGGUCAACAACAUAUUCAGUUGGUUGUUUUGAAAUCUGUUAAUAUGGAAAGCAUACAACGUAUUGAUGAUAACAUUCAUUAUCCAAAUCCUGUGUCACAAGAAAAUGAUCAAACGCUUCCAAGAAUAUCAAGAGUAACUAGGAAAUCAUCCAGUGUGAAGGUUACACGAACCACUGCAAUAUUCGUUGUUGUUACAAUUGCUUUCAUUAUCAGUUUCCUCCCAUUUCUUAUUACCAUGGUUUUACGUAAUAUCAUAAAGGACAUUGAAAAAAAUAUGUCUGAACCAAUGAUGGUGUUCUACAAGUUUUGCUUGAAGUGUUUUUUCAUUAAUAAUGCAAUUAAUCCUUUGAUAUAUAGCUUUUUAAGCAAAAGAUUUAGAGGGGAUGUGAAAUGGUUGUUUUCAAAAUAUGUUUGCAUUUCAAGAAACGCUUUUCCUUGAUAAUUAGCUCGUCGAUUGAAAUGGAAAUUUACAUGGAUUUUAAUUGCUUUAAUUAACUUCAAUGAGCUAAAAAUAACCCUUUUACACAUAGGUUCAGCCAUUAGAGCGUUCGCAUUCAUUUUUCAAGAUUGCAAAUUUCGAAUCCCGGAUAAACACUAAAUCAACUCUUCUUUAAUUAAAUUUGUUUUAAAUUUUAGUCCUACAAAAAAAAAAAGAUGGAUUGUCCCGGAAAUUUGACUUGUGUUAAUUCUUGAAGCUCGAAAAAUUUAUUGCAUCAUAUUUACAGUUUAUAUGUCAUGCUGUUUAAUGUUAAAACAAAAAUUAUACAGUAUUCUGAUUUUUAUGCAAUAUGAUAUUUAUAAAGAUAAUUAACCAUUUAUAUCAAUGUUGUACAGACGUAUGUGCGGUAUAGUUUUCAAUAAGUUUUAUUUAGAUAAUUAGCAAUUCAUAUUUGUGUUUUACUUGACAAACUAAUUAUUUGUAAUUUAAUAAACUAGAAUACGUAACUAUUAAAUAUAUUUAAAAAACUUAACAAUAGCUUCGCUUGAUUAAAGUAGAUCCAGUUUUCUGUGAUGUCGUACUUUUUUGCAAAGUUUGAAAUUUAUUCAAAAUUGUGCCAGAUGUUUUCAUAUUUUAUAUUUUUUUUUUUAAAAUAUAGUCAAGUUCAAGAUAUAUUUUAAGCUGAAUCUAUUUCCCUAAAUGUUUCAUUUUUUUGUAACUGUUAUCUAAAAUAGAUUUUUUUUCCUCAGUUGUAUGUCUAUAUGCUAUAAUUUUCCUUCAACAAACAAUUUUAUUUGUUUUUGACACAGUUGACAAUAAAUC